AUGUCUGCUCAAACUACCGACACGGCCGUCCCGGCCACUGCUCCUGCUACCGCACCUGCGCCUGCUGCAGUUCCUGAGUCUCAGCCGGUCGCCGCUGAGCCGGCUGCAGACCCGACUCCGGCUCCCGCUGCUACCGCCGAUGCCGCCGCCCAGCAGCAGCAGACCGAGCAGCCAGCUCCCACCGGCCAAAAGACGGAAGAAAAUGCCCAGGAGAAAGCUGCUACCGAGAAGCCUGCUGAGAAGCCCGUCGAGAAGACGCAGACCCCUCUUACUUCUCUCUUCGACAAGUUGCCCGGCAUCCUCAGCGAGGCCAGGCACAACGAGAUGUGGGGUGUGCAGCUCUCCAACAGCACUCACGUCCCUACCACUGUCGUUUUGCAGAAGUUUCUCCGCGCCAACGACGACGAUGUCUCCAAGGCUGCUGACCAGCUCCAAAAGGCCUUGAUCUGGCGCCGUGAUACUAACCCUGGCAAGCUGCUCGACGACGUCUCUUUUGACAACAAGAAGUUCGGCGAGCUCGGCUAUGUUACCACCCACAAGGAUGCUCAGGGCAAGGAGAUGAUCAUCACCUGGAACAUCUACGGAGCUGUGAAGGAUAAGAAGGCCACCUUUGGCAACGUCGAUGAGUUCAUCAAGUGGCGUGCUGCCCUCAUGGAGCUCAGCGUCCGCAAGCUGAGCCUGGACAAGGUCCAGACCGCCAUUCCUGACGGCGGCGAGGACCCUUACCAGAUGAUCCAAGUCCAUGACUACCUCAACGUCAGCUUCCUGCGCAUGGACCCCGCUGUCAAGGCCGCCUCUUCGGAGACGAUCAAGGUCUUCGCCAUGGCCUACCCGGAGCUCCUCGUCCACAAAUACUUUGUCAACAUCCCUGCCCUCAUGGGCUGGGUCUUCAAGGGCAUGAAGGUUUUCCUAGCACCCAAGACCAUUGCCAAGUUCCACCCUCUCGGUUAUGGUACUGAGCUCGCCGCCGAUCUCCCCGCCUACAAGGACUCUCUCCCCAAGGACUACGGUGGCAACGGCGAGAGCAUCAAGAUUACUGGCCAGACCGUCAAGCUUGCGGACGCUGCCCCCGCUGCACCUGCCGAGAAGCCUGCCACUGAAGCUACUCCUGCCCCUGCCGCCCCGGCUGCUGCCGCUGCUGCCACUGCUCCCGCCCCGGCUACCGAGGCCCCUGUUCCCGCAGCCACCGAGACCAAGGCUGCGGAGCCCGUCUCCGCCGCCACCCCGGCGAUUGCGAACAGCGAGCCCGUCGCCGCUCCUCAGCCGGAGAAGGCGGCGGAGGAGGCUGCCCCUACCGCGGCCGCCGAUGCCGAUAAGACGGAGGUGCCCAACGUUGCCGACUUGAGCAUCAACGACAAGGCCGAAACUAAGGAGGCUAAGCCCGCUGCUCCCUAA